AUGGGAAAUUGUCAAGCCAUAGAUAACGCAAGCAUACUGAUCCAGUACCCAAACGCCGCCAAAAUCGAGCGGCUCUACGCCCCAAUCGCCGCCGCUGACGUCAUGAAAGCCAACCCCGGCCACCACGUCGCCCUCCUCCUCACCACCACCACCCUCUACUCAUCCUCCUCCUCCUCCGCCGCCAGAGAGAGCAGAAGCAGCCCCCUUCGGGUCACUCGGAUAAAGCUUCUCCGGCCGACCGAUAAUCUUGUUAUUGGUCAUGCCUACCGGCUUGUCACCGCCCAAGAGGUUAUGAAGGGGUUGUGGGCAAAAAAGCAAAAAAUUCAACAGCAGCAGCAAAGGAGUGAGAAGCUUUGCAAUAUGAUGAGAGAGAAAGAUAGUUCAGAUUUUCAGACACAAGUUGGGAAAAAAACUGAUGUGAAUAAAACCAGUCAGGUGAAACACGAAAGGCAAAGGUCAAGAAAUAACAGAUCAUGGCAACCUGCAUUGAAGAGCAUUUCUGAGGCUGCAAUUUGA